UUAAAACAAUUCUGGUGCGUGGAAGGUGUGAUCUGUUUGUUGGCAGUACUUAUUGUAGUUCUUAUAAUUGACACGAGGGUUUCUGGCGCAACAAACUUUGAUAAGGUUGUUCAGGAUCUCAACUCAUCGAUUGAUUUUCAAAAUGAACUCAGGGGUGAAAUUCAAACUGUUGGGGAAAAAUUGAACACAGCGGUUUCGGAUAUUCGAGUUAUGAAGGAUAAUAGUACAUUCAAUAGGUUAAAGUUGAUGUUAAGACCGGUUUUGGAAUCUUUGAAAACAAGUUUAAAAACAAAUAUCAGUGCUAAUGGAAGGAAUAUUGACAAAGCACUGAAAACAGCUGCUGACAACGAAAGAAAGUACAUUGUAAGAACUUUUUAA